AUGUCGAGCUUGAUACGUGUGGAUACGGACAAGUUGACCAACAGUUUCAGGCAGCUGGAGAAGAAAAUUGUAGAUAUUAAGGACAUGAACGACAUUAUGGAGGACAAGAUGAAUGACUCCGCCCGGGUGUUGAGAUGGUCACAGACCAGAGAGAGGUCUCUGGUGCAAGAGAGAGAUGGCAUCCUAGCCACCGUGAACUCGCUUCAGCAGUGUCUGCAGGAGCAGUGUAACCUCAGAGAUGUGAAUGAAAAGCUGAAGAAUGAGAUCGCAGAGCGGGACCAGCAGAUUGAGAGAACAUUAGAGGAACAGAAGGAGUACAGCCUGCCCUUCCAACACGCUCUCAUCCCCAACUCCUCAAAUACGGCAGCUUGCCAGUGUUGGUGGACGUCAGGUGACUUGUCAGCUUUCUGUUCUCAGGACCAGGAGGCUAAAGUGGCGGGACUGCUUGCUCAGAUUGAUGCUGAGGAGGAGAGACACCAAUGGGAGCUCACGAGACAGCAGAGCAAACGUAAGUCAGAUGAUUCACACAACCAAACCCUCAGUCAGUUGGAAGAGAAAGAUGCAGAGGUAAAGAAGCUGCUGGAGAGGAAGGAAUCUGAACUGGAUGCGAUGAGGGAGAAAUUCUUGAACCAGGAAAAAGAAAGGCAGAGUGACCUCCUGAGGAUGCAGAUAGAGUUUGGCGCUAAGCUUUCCAAGGUUCAGAGUAUGGCACAAAGGAACCAGCAGCCCCAGAGCUCCAGCCCGUUCCUCCACAUCUACAAGAGGAAGCUGCUGUCCUUCCAGGAGGAGAAGAACAAGGAGAUCGAUGUUCUGCGUCAGAGAAUCAAGGAAUUGGAGGAGCGUCAGCGCGCCAUUAGCCUCAGUGAAAACUGCUCUAAGAGGAGGAGGGUUUAG